UGCCACUUAGAUUGUGCAUGGCACACUCUAAGGUGGCCCAACUUUCUUGAGAGUGCUUACCAUAAACGAGAAUCCCGCUGGCGCCCCUAUUUCUGUGGACACAUGAGAAAGAAGGAUGGAAAUGCCGAAGUCUAAUGUAUUGACGGGGCGCACCCAGAGCAUCACCGUUUAGCCUCCCCUACUUACGUCAGUGCGGUACUCCUACAUAGGCUACCACUACAGAAUAGGCUAUGCGUGGCAGCUUACGUUAGGAUUUGUUGGUUUUGAAGUCUACUCUGUGCUGAAGAUCGAAUGGUCAUAUAAUGAUUCUAGACCAGUUGUUUCUCUGAAUUCUACCUUAUAGGAAAAUGUUUGUGAACUAAUUCUCAUUUGAGACCAAUCCAGUUGGUCGAUUAGCUAUCUUCCCAUCCCACUGUGUGUACAAGGACCAUGCGUGCGGAUGCCUUCUUGCUCUUCUACGUCUGUUUUUUCGGAGGUUUCUGCAGUUCGACUCAUCUGAAGAGAGGACGUCCACUUCAAACACAAAGUCAAAUCAGAUCUAAAAGAGAGUCCCACGUGGCUGGAGGAAGAGGAUUUUCAUCUGGCAGCCCAGUUCUGAAAAGGAGUUCUGAUAUGACCAAGUUCCCUGUGACAAAGUCUGAGCAGCUUCUCCGGAUAGAUGACCAUGACUUCACCAUGAGGCCUGGCUUUGGAGGACCAGCCAUUCCUGUAGGUGUGGAUGUCCAAGUUGAAAGUUUGGACAAAAUUUCGGAAGUUGAUAUGGACUUCACCAUGACCCUGUACCUGCGGCACUACUGGAAAGAUGAGCGCCUGUCCUUCCCCAGCAACAAGAACCAGAGCAUGACCUUUGAUAGUCGUCUGGUGAAGAAAAUAUGGGUGCCAGACAUGUUCUUUGUCCACUCUAAGAGGUCAUUCACCCAUGACACUACCACCGAUAACGUCAUGCUGAGAGUGUUCCCUGAUGGCAAAGUUCUCUACAGCCUGAGGGUCACCGUCACAGCCAUGUGCAGCAUGGACCUCAGUCGAUUCCCUCUGGACACACAGACAUGCUCUCUUGAAAUAGAAAGUUAUGCCUACACAGAUGAUGACUUAAUGCUCUACUGGAAGAAAGGGAACGACUCGCUGCAGACCGAUGAGAGGAUCUCAGUUUCACAGUUUCUCAUUCAGAAGUUCCACACUUCCACUAAGCUUGCCUUCUACAGCAGCACAGGCUGGUACAAUCGCCUGUUCAUCACCUUCACUCUGCGGCGCCACAUCUUCUUCUUCCUGCUGCAGACCUACUUCCCUGCCACUCUGAUGGUCAUGCUGUCUUGGGUGUCCUUCUGGAUUGAUAGGCGGGCUGUACCAGCCAGAGUCCCAUUAGGGAUCACCACGGUGCUCACCAUGUCCACCAUCAUCACUGGAGUGAACGCCUCAAUGCCUCGGGUCUCCUACAUCAAAGCUGUGGACAUUUACCUGUGGGUCAGCUUUGUCUUUGUGUUUCUGUCCGUGAUCGAGUACGCAGCUGUCAACUACCUGUCUACAGUGCAAGAACGUAAAGAGAGGAAACUGCGAGAGAAGCUUCCAUGUACAUGUGGCCUAGCCCACCCCGAUGAGAUGAUGAUGAGCAGCAGCUAUAGUGAUGUGGAUGUCAACACCACAGGAACUUAUGGAAUACCAGAGGACAUCAAUACCACAGGGAACUACGGCAGGCCAGAGGAGAACGGUGUCCAGCAAGAGAGGAUUCUGGUGCAGCUGGCACUGGGCGAGGACCAGGCCGCCCUCCACACUGGAAACCCACCAGCAUACAACAGCAUGUGGAUUGACACACACGCCAUAGACAAAUAUUCACGAGUCAUCUUUCCUGGGGCGUACACGCUCUUCAACGUUAUUUACUGGUCCAUCUAUUUAUAAAAUCCCUUGAGAAUAAUGUUCAUUGGGAUGGUACUCGCUGGCACUCCAAAGAAUUUCUCUGAAUGCUUCAACACCGUCCAGGGGGUGAAUAUGGCUUUAACAGCAUCAGGCACUCGACAGUAAAUGCCACCAAUAAGCAAGCCAAAAGAAGCACAAGAGACCUCAAAACCAAGUUGCAUGAUUGAAGUCAAUUAUUUAAUAAUGAUCAUCUUCAUGUGAGUAUGUGCUAGAAAAAAAGUAGACAUUUUAAACAAGUUGUGACAUUUUUAUAUUUCAAAUCUACUGUGUGAACUGCAACAAAGGUAGGAAAGAGAAAUCUGACCUCACCACAGUUACUGUACACCUCUGCUUGCAUCUGAUGGUUUUGUAUCUGUUGUGAACUCUUUAUUAAGAAUGGUAAAUGUUACAGCAAAUGAUGCAUUAUGGGUAAUGCCUAAUUUAUUAUGUAAUGAAAGAAGUUACUUAUUUAUAAGGGGGCAAAUAAAACUUUUAUGAAGUGUCAAAUCUCUGUAGAUUCUCAUUAUUUAAAAAUGGCAGCCGUGGAAAGAUGUUUGCAUAUAACCCUGUAUAUCACAUUCUUAGAAGAGUAAAUCUUUUGUCAUGACAAACCAAAA